UUUGGAUGCUGCAGGCUGGGUGAGCAGAAAUCCCAGGCUCUGGCUAUGGGCAGCUGCCCUCCUCCGAGUGCUGCCAUGAACCACUUCCAGACCAUCCUAACUCAGGUCCGGAUGCUGCUCUCCAGCCAUCAGCGAAGCCAGGUGCAGGCCCUCCUGGACAACCUGCUGGAGGAGCAGCUUCUCUCCAGGGAGUACCACUGCGCCUUGCUCCAGGAGCCUGAUGGCGAGGCUCUGGCCAGGAAGAUCUCGUUGACCCUGCUGCAGAAAGGAGACCCAGAAUUGGCCCUCUUGGGAUGGGCCUGGAGUGGGCUGCAGGGUCCAGUGGUUGAGAGGGACCCCGGCUACAAGGACCACGGUGGCAGUGGACAGUGUACCACCAUGGAGCUGGGGCCUCUAGAAGGUGGGUACCUGGAGCUGCUCAACAGCAAUGCCGACCCUUUGCAGCUCUACCACCUCUAUGACCAGAUGGACCUGGCUGGAGAGGAAGAGAUCGAUCUCUGCUUAGAACCUGACACAGACACCAUCAACUGCGAGCAGUUCAGCAGGCUGUUGUGCGACAUAGAAAGUGAUGAAGAGACCAAGGAAGCUUAUGCCAAUAUCGCGGAACUGGACCAGUAUGUGUUCCAGGACUCCCAGUUCGAGGGCCUGAGCAAAGACAUUUUCAUCGAGCACAUAGGAUUAGAAGAAAUGAUCAGCGAGAGUGGGGAGAUGCUGGAGGAAGCAGCACAAAAGAGUCAGAAAAGACCCUUCCCAGAGGAGCUGCCUGCAGACCUGAAGCACAGGAAGCUCGCCGAGCCCCUGACUGCACCCAUGGUGACUGGCACUUUCCUGGUGGGGCCAGUGAGUGACUCCUCGGCUCUGCCCUGCCCAUCGCCCCCUGCUCUGUUCAACAAGGAGCCAACAUCCACCCAGACCCGGCUGGAGGAAACCAUCCUGACGCCUGCGCCCCCCUCCAGUUCCUUGCUGAGCUGCCUGGGUCUCCCUGCUGGGUCCAUCCACAUCAUCCCCACCCUCCCUGCUCUGCCCCAGGGGCUCUGGCAAAUCUCAGGAGCCGGGACAGAGGUGUCCAGUAUACUCAUCUACCAAGGCGAGAUGCCCCAAGCACCCCCUUCCAGCAGCCCAGCUAUCCCCAGCCUCCCAAAGUCCCCAGACCGGCCUGGCUCCACCAGCCCCUUCGCCCCGGCUGCAGCUGACCUUCCCAGCAUGCCAGAGCCAGCCUUGACCUCCCGUGAAAACAUAACAGAGGAUGAGAUGUCCCCCACCAAAUGCCGGGCAGCUCGCAAGGUCUCCAGCAAGCUUCCAAAAUAUCCUGAGAGUGUGGAGCAGUUUCGCCGUUCACUACGGGACAAGUACCAGGCCAAGCCCGCAGGCCUGGAAGACAUCCUGGUGGAGGUGGACCUGAUGAGGGCCCGGCUGGAGAGGAGCAGCAGCAAGAGCCUGGAGAGGGAACUGGUCAUCCUGGACUGGGCAGAGCAGCAGCCAGCCCGCGGGGGUCUGGCUGGGGUGCUGCUUGCUGCUAGUGACUGCCGGCGGCCGCGUGAGACACAGGUGAUUGCUGUGCUGGGCAAGGCAGGACAGGGGAAGAGCCACUGGGCCCGGGCAGUGAGCCGGGCCUGGGCCUGUGGCCAGCUGCCACAGUACGACUUCGUCUUCUACCUGCCCUGCCACUGUGUGGACCGACCAGGGGACACCUACCACCUGCAGGAUCUGCUCUUCUCCCUGGGCCCGCAGCCGCUGCCGGGGGACAGUGAGGUCUUUGGUCACAUCCUGAGGAGGCCUGACCGCCUCCUGCUCAUCCUGGAUGCCUUUGAGGAGCUCGAAGCCCAAGACGGCCUCCUGCCCAGUACAUGUGGACCCAUGUCGGCUGCGGAGCCCAGCUCCCUCCGAGGGCUGCUGGCCGGCCUCCUCCAGCGCAAGCUGCUGCGAGGCUGCACCCUGCUGGUCACGGCCCGGUCCCGGGGCCGCCUGGCUCAGGGCCUGAGCAAGGCGGACACCCUGUUCCAGAUGGCCGGCUUCUCGGCCCAGCAGGCUGAGACCUAUGUGGAGCGCUACUUUGAACAUUUGGGGGCCACUCACCGGCAGGAAAGAGCCGUGGCGCUCCUCCGGGGCCAGCCCCUUCUUCUCAGCCACAGCCACAGCCCCACUGUGUGCCGGGCCGUGUGCCAGCUCUCGGAGGCCCUCCUGGAGCUGGGAGAGGAGGUCGAGCUGCCUUCCACACUGACGGGACUCUAUGUUGGCCUCCUAGGCCCAGCGGUCCGUGACAGCCCCCCUGGGGCUCUGGAGACCAUGGCCAGGCUGGCCUGGGAGCUGGGCCGUAGGCACCACAGCACCCUGCGGGAGGACCAACUCCCAGAGAAGGUGAGGGCCUGGGCUGUGGCCAAAGGCUUGGUGCAGCCUUGCCCUGGGGCUGCAGAGACCGAGCUGGCCUUCCCCAGCUUCCUCCUGCAGUGCUUCCUGGCGGCCCUGUGGCUGGCCCUGAGCAGUGAGAUCAAGGACAAGGAGCUGCCGCAGUACUUGGCACUGACCCCGAGGAAGAAGAGGCCCUAUGACAACUGGCUGGAGGGCAUGCCGCGCUUUCUGGCCGGGCUGGUCUUCCAGCCUCGUGCCCGCUGCCUGGGAGCCCUGGCCGGGCCGGUGGUGGCCAGUGUGGUGGAUAGGAAGCAGAAGGCGCUCACCAAGUACCUGAAGCGGCUGCAGCCAGGGUUGCUGCAGGCCAGGCGGCUGCUGGAGCUGCUGCAUUGUACCCACGAGGCGUUGGACGCUGGCCUUUGGCGGCAUGUGGUGCAGGGGCUCCCCACCAACCUCUCCUUCCUGGGUACCCGGCUCACACCUCCGGACACCCACAUCCUGGGCAGGACCCUGGAGACAGCGGACCGUGACUUUUCCCUGGACCUCCGCAGGACUGGCAUUGACCCCUCUGGACUCAGGAGUCUCGUUGGACUCAGCUGUGUCACCCAGUUCAGGGCCGCCUUGAGUGACACGGUGGGGCUGUGGGAGUCCCUACAACAGCAUGGGGAGGCCAAGCUACUCCAGGCGGUGGAAGAGAAGUUCACUAUUGAGCCUUUCAAAGCCAAUUCCGUGAAGGACGUGGAAGACCUGGGCAACCUUGUGCAGAUCCAGAGGACAAGAAGUUCCUCAGAAGACAUAGCCGGGGAACUCCCCGCCAUCCGGGACUUAAAGAAGCUGGAGUUUGCGCUGGGCCCUGUCGCGGGCCCCCAGGCUUUCCCCAAACUGGUGAGGAUCCUGGAGGCCUUCUCCUCCCUCCAGCAUCUGGACCUGGACUCGCUGAGCGAGAACAAGAUCGGGGAUGAGGGUGUCGCGCAGCUCUCAGCCACCUUCCCUCGGUUGAAGGCCCUGGAGACGCUCAACUUGUCCCAGAACAACAUCACGGAUGUGGGCGCCUGCAAGCUCGCCAAAGCCCUGCCCUCACUGGCUGCAUCCCUUCUCAGGCUGAGCUUGUACAAUAACUGCAUCUGUGACGUGGGAGCCAAGAGCCUGGCACACGUGCUUCCGGACAUGGCAUCCCUGCGGGUGCUGGAUGUCCAGUACAACAAGUUCACAGCCGCCGGGGCCCAGCAGCUAGCAGCCAGCCUGAGAAAGUGCCCUGAUGUGGAGACACUGGCGCUGUGGACACCCACCAUCCCUUUCGGUGUCCUGGAACACCUGCAGCAGCUGGACUCCCGGAUCAGCCUGGGAUGACCCCGCUGGGCCUGGGACAAGUCUCGACAACACUCUCUCCAUGUGUCCUAAAGCUUCCUGACCUACCCCUUCUCCAGACCCCCCACCGACCCUUCUCCGAGGACACGGACCACGCUGGACCUUGAACUGGUUAUCUGUGGACACGGCUCUUCUCAGGUCAUAUCCUACGAGCCUCAGGGUCCCGGCACCCAGCCCUGCCGGCUACGGAAAGGACCCAUGGCCUGCUACCCGGACAGACCCAGGCCCGGCUUCAGGCUCCUUCGGGGCCCAGGUUGAUGCCAGCCCUACGCAGCCGCUGCAGCCCUGGCAAACAGGUGGGUGCCUGGUGGCAGCUGCCGCCCACCCAGGAGCCCUGGCGCAUUUUCUAUGGGACACUCCAGAAGUCGCGGCCAGGCUGGGGAGAAAGCACUUCUCCAGGCUGCUGUCCUAACAGGGCACGCUCGGCGCUUUGAGGGUCCCAGAGGGGAACCAGAUCCAAGCUGCAACUGACUCUGAGGCAGGUGCUCUCUGUCUGUGGGACUCACUGUUUGCACUAAACUUGUUGGCCGAGGCCCAAGCCAGGACAGGCCAGGCCAGACGCACUGGACCUUAGCUGGAAGCAACUGAUGGUACACUAAUGGAGGGGCGGGCAGGGGGCGACUGGAGCCAUGCCUGCCUUUUGCCUUCGUUUGUGCCUCUUCACUACAUUAUAAAUGACUCAUUCAACCCCA